UAUUAUAUUAACAUGUGAAACUAAAACAACGCAUUAUACGGAUUUUCAUAUAACCAAUCAGAGGCAAGGAAUACUGAAGCAAGUGGAAAGAAUAAUUUUUAUUAAAUAUGUUAUGAACAUAACCUUUCUGCGUAUAACGCAACUCCAGCGCCUCUCUUGACUAUAUGCAUUAUUAUAGUUAAAAAUGUAAGCAUGGAACAUUUUUAAAGAAAAUGGCCGAAAGUAACAGCAAAACGUCAGUGUCAGAAGAAACAGAAGAAAAGACAACAGCUGAUAUCAGUCGUUACUUUAAUAAUGCGCCACGUACGAUUUUUGACGAUAUCGUAGCACCAAAUGAACAGAAUUAUUUUAAUAACUCAUCAGAAUCAGAUGAUAAUAUUUCAAGGUUUAAUUCAAUGUUAGAUGGUACACCCAACGAUUUGUUCUCCGUUGAUACUUUAAUAGAUAAUGAUAGAAUGUCUGAUCAUGCAACCUACAGUGAUUUGCACAGAGACGCUUGGAUACCAUCUGAACGUACUCGUAAAAUAUUACGCUCAGUUGCUACUUCAACAGUUGGCACAACCUUUCUUGAAAGAGAUAAUUUAACUAUGCCAGGAUUAGCAUUACAAGGAGACAUGCCUGAUUUAAUUAAAAAUGGUGUUGUACAUUUUUUAGGAGAAGACGAAGAGAUGCAAAGAAAUGUACUUACUGCUUCGGAUGUAACCCAAGACGAACGUGGAUUGAGAAAAUUAAUACAAACUGGUUGUUACAGAGCUGCUAUUAAUUUGUCAGGAAGACUUAUUUCGAUUUACGCUCAAGGUUAUGGAAAAAUAAAUCAACCGAGUAAACAUACUCCACAUUCCUUACAAUUAUGGUACACCAGACUUUCCUUGUUAACUAAAUUGAAACAAACUGAAUUGUUGGAAAAAGAAUCUAAACCAUUUGGAGAUUUGGAUAAGCCGGAUAUGUAUUUUACAUUUUAUCCAGAAUUAUAUGGUACCAGACCAGGUUCCAUGGCUUCGUUUGCUUUUAGAUUACUAUUAGCUGAAGUACCAUAUUAUUAUGGUAAACCAAAAGAAGCAUUGGACAAAUUACACAAACUUUUGAGUAUAGUCAAUGAAAUAAUGUCAAAUUUACAAGCCGAUCUUACCGGAGAUAAAAUUGAUACCAAAGUUACCAAUAUUGAACAACAAAAAGAUGCUAUUGUAUUAUGGUCCCGUAGAAAAUCAAGAAUAUUAAUUUCAAUAAUUAAUUGCGCGGUUGGAAUGAAAAAUUAUAUUUUGGCGAUAGACAUAUUGGAAGAACUGAGCAAAUCACAUGAUUGGACAGCUGAACAAUUACAAAUAUUUCGAUCUAGCAUAGGAAGAAUACAUUUGUUUCUUGGUGAUGUAUCUACUGCAGAAACAUUAUUAAAUAAUAGAGUAACUCAAACGACUACAAUUACAGUUAGAGAAUUAGUAGAUAAAGGUUUAAUCGCGGUAGCUAAAAAUUCUUUUCAAGAAGCAUUCAAUUAUUUUCAUACAGCAUCUUCUAUGGAUCCCACUAAUGUAAUGUUAAUCAAUAAUAUGGCCGUUAGUCUUCUUUAUACUGGUCAGCUUAAAGCUGCAGUACAUUUGUAUGAAAAUGCGGUAGCAAGAAAUCCUACGAAAAGUUUACAAGAACCGAUAUUAUUAAACAUGUGUACUUCAUACGAGUUACAUACUAAUCAUUGUAAGCAAACUAAAUUACAAUUACUAAGGCAGCUAAAUAAACACAAAGGUGAUGCUAUUGAUAUCCAAUGUUUAAAACUUGGCAUGUAAUUUGUUCUUUUUUUUUUUUUUUUCAAAAAAACGAAA